UACAGAAGCGAUGUUUAAAGUCCUGAUCAGCUGUUUUCUUGGUUUUUCACUCCUGGCAGUUACUGUAUAUGGUAGCUUUGUAGGCAGAGUUCAUCAUUUUGAAGACCUCAGUUGUUCGAACGAAAAUCCCUGCCAAAAUGGUGGUUCCUGCAUUGAUAUUUCUGAGCCCACUUCAAACUGGACUACGAUACGUUGUGAGUGUCCACAGGGAUUCGUUGGAAGAGAUUGUGAAAUGCCAAUAUGCAGUGCCCAGUAUAAUGAGACUUGCUUCAAUGGUGGACAUUGUAAUAUAUUUGUCGUGGACCAUAUAGACAAUUACUGCAGCUGUAGGAACAAUUUUUCAGGAGAAAGAUGUCAAUACUGGAUCCUGAUCACGAAUUUUGACAAUUAUAUGAAUAUGUCUCUGGCGACUAACCUUUCCAUUGCUCAGGGAGGAGGUGCUAUUAAUAAAGAAAAAUACGCCCAAGUAGGACCGACGGAGACUCUACAUAUGAUGAAUAAGUACCUUGGUGCAGAUGGAAGGGAAUUCUGUUUGAGCUUUUCGUACUGGCUAUCUGGUCCUGAUCCUUCAAUCGAGAUUUAUACCACUCGCAGCAGGCUUACGAACUGGAGUACACGACCAGAAUACAUCAUUCAGAAAAGGGUACUCUGGGCUUCCUAUAAACAACCUUUCAUGCGGGAUAUAUGGACUCCUCACAGGGCCACUUUUUUCGGAAUGAAUGGUGGACUGUUCAAUAUUGUAGUUAAGGUUGGCGAGAGUGGAUUCGCAGGAAUUGAUGAAAUUAGAGGCGAGUAUGGGCCAUGUAAAUAAUAAACCAA